AUGGUUAUCACAGACCAAUUAACCAAAGGGGUCAGCCCCUUCUAUCUAAGCCAUAGGUACAACCUCAGCCCAUUUACCCCUACCCAGGAGGUAGAGCAUCUAGCUGAAGAACCAACCAAGAGUCCUAUCCAGAAAGGGGAAGCCAUCGUACAGAAAGUUAAGGAAGCCCUAGACUGGGCUCAAGCCUCCAUGGCCUAUUCCCAACAGAAUACAGAGAAUCAGGCUAAUAAACACAGGAGCCCGGCCACAAACUACCAAGUAGGAGAUAAGGUCUGGCUAAGUCUGAAGAACAUCCGUACGGACCGACCCAGUAAGAAACUUGACUGGAAGAACGCCAAGUAUAAGGUUAUAGGCCUGGUGGGCAGUCAUGCUGUACCGCUGAAUACGCCCCCAGGGAUCCAUCCAGUCUUCCAUGUGGACCUGCUUCGGCUGGCUUCAUCAGAUCCACUUCCUUCCCAGAAGAAUGAUGAUAGCCAGCCCCCUAGCAUCAUGGUGAACGACCUUAGUGACUCGGCCAAGGCCUGCGCUGUCCUGAAGGCGGUGAGCCACCUACAAGACUUCCUUGCAACAACAAUCCUUCUUUCUCAUUUCUUCUUUAGCGAUUCCUUCUUGAUAGAAAAUGCUAUAGGAGAUGCUUACAGGAAAAAAGCCAAAUCUAGCCAAUUUCUACCUGAUUGGUUGCAUAUCUUAUACACAUCAGUAAACCUGAAGAAGCAGCGAGUUGAGACAAUCCUUUUGUGGAGGAUGAGUUAA